UCAACGUGGGUCAAUUUUUUGUGAAUGAGGAGGGGAGGUUGUGGGGCCGCCGCCGCGGAGCACCGUCCCCGCCGCCGCCCGAGCCCGAGCCCGAGCCCGAGCCCGCGCACUCGCCUGCGCCGCCGCCGCGCAGCCUGCCGGCCUGGGCCCCGGGCCGCGGCCGCGUCCCGCCGUCGCCGCCCGAGCCUGAGCCGAGUCCAAGCGCGAGCGCCGGCGGGUGGCGGCGCAGGCUGAAGAGAUGCGGCGCGGAGCGCCGGAGCAGGGCUAGAGCGCGGCCGACGCCGCCGCCCGCCGCGGUUCAUCCUUUGGAAGCCAGUUGGAGACCUCUGCUUUCCUUUUGGAUUACUUGGUUCUGAAGACCUUGCCAGUAGGACUCAGAGUUGACCGGUUGUGAUCCAGCUGCCCCAUUUCUAUACUUGCAUGUGUUGGUGGAAGCUUGGUGCUCUUUGGAGCUAUUGUUUACGUGGAAAUUUUGAGCCAUUUUGAAUUGCUUCCCAGAGACGACGCUGCUAGCAAUGAGCUCCCAAAGCCACCCAGAUGGACUUUCUGGCCGAGACCAGCCAGUGGAGCUACUGAAUCCUGCCCGUGUGAACCACAUGUCCAGCACAGUGGAUGUGGCCGCAGCGCUGCCCCUGCAAGUGGCCCCCCCGGCAGUGCCCAUGGACCUGCGCCUCGACCACCCGUUCUCGCUGCCUGUGGCAGAGCCCGCCCUCCGGGAGCAGCAGUUGCAGCAGGAGCUCCUGGCACUCAAGCAGAAGCAGCAGAUCCAGAGGCAGCUCCUCAUCGCUGAGUUCCAGCGGCAGCAUGAGCAGCUCUCCAGGCAGCACGAGGCCCAGCUACACGAGCACAUCAAGCAACAGCAGGAGAUGCUGGCCAUGAAGCACCAGCAAGAGCUGCUGGAGCACCAGCGGAAGCUGGAGAGGCACCGCCAGGAGCAGGAGCUGGAGAAGCAGCACAGGGAGCAGAAGCUACAGCAGCUCAAGAACAAGGAGAAGGGCAAAGAGAGUGCUGUGGCCAGUACAGAAGUAAAGAUGAAGUUACAAGAGUUUGUCCUCAAUAAAAAGAAGGCUCUAGCCCACCGGAACCUGAACACCUGCAUCUCCAGCGACCCUCGCUACUGGUAUGGGAAAACGCAGCACAGCUCCCUGGACCAGAGUUCUCCACCCCAGAGCGGGGUGUCGGCCUCCUACAACCACCCUGUGCUGGGAAUGUACGAUGCCAAAGACGACUUCCCUCUUAGGAAGACAGCUUCUGAACCCAAUCUGAAGUUACGCUCUAGGCUAAAGCAGAAGGUGGCUGAAAGACGGAGCAGCCCCCUGUUACGCAGGAAAGAUGGGCCAGUGGUCACUGCUCUGAAAAAGCGUCCUUUGGAUGUCACAGACUCCGCCUGCAGCAGCGCCCCAGGCUCCGGGCCCAGCUCACCCAGCAACAGCUCCGGGAACGUCAGUACUGAGAACGGGCUCGCCCCCACUGUCCCCAGCAUCCAGGCCGAGACCAGUUUGGCGCACAGACUGGUGACGCGGGAAGGCUCGGUGGCUCCACUCCCUCUCUACACGUCGCCAUCCUUGCCCAACAUCACCCUAGGGCUGCCUGCCACAGGCCCCUCUGCUGGCGCGGCUGGCCAGCAGGACGCUGAGAGACUCGCCCUCCCUGCCCUCCAGCAGAGGAUCUCACUCUUCCCCGGCACCCACCUCACCCCCUACCUGAGCUCGUCGCCCUUGGAGCGGGAUGGCGGGGCAGCACACAGCCCUCUCUUGCACCACAUGGUCUUACUGGAGCAGCCACCUGCACAGACGCCCCUGGUCACAGGCCUGGGAGCACUGCCUCUCCACGCACAGUCCCUGGUUGGCACGGACCGGGUGUCCCCCUCUAUCCACAAGUUGCGACAGCACCGCCCACUGGGGCGCACGCAAUCAGCCCCACUGCCGCAGAACGCCCAGGCCCUGCAGCACCUGGUGAUCCAGCAGCAGCACCAGCAGUUCCUGGAGAAACACAAGCAGCAGUUCCAGCAGCAGCAGCUGCACAUGGGCAAGAUAAUCCCCAAACCAAGCGAGCCAGCCCGGCAGCCUGAGAGCCACCCCGAGGAGACGGAGGAGGAGCUUCGUGAGCACCAAGCCUUGCUGGACGAGCCGUACCUAGACCGGCUCGCAGGGCAGAAGGAGGUGCACACACUGGCUGGCGUGCAAGUGAAGCAGGAGCCCCUCGAGAGCGACGAGGAGGAGGCAGGUGCCCCACGGGAGGGGGAGCCUGGCCCUCGCCAGCCCACGGAACAGGAGCUGCUGUUUAGACAGCAAGCCCUCCUGCUGGAGCAGCAGCGGAUCCGCCAGCUCAGGAGCUACCAGGCGUCCAUGGAGGCUGCCGGCGUCCCUGUGUCCUUUGGUGGCCACAGGCCUCUGUCCCGGGCGCAGUCCUCGCCAGCGUCUGCCACCUUCCCAGUGUCUGUGCAGGAGCCUCCCACCAAGCCAAGGUUCACGACAGGCCUUGUGUACGACACUCUGAUGCUGAAGCAUCAGUGUACCUGUGGGAACACCAAUAGCCACCCGGAGCAUGCUGGGAGAAUCCAGAGCAUCUGGUCCCGCCUGCAGGAGACCGGCCUCCGUGGCAAAUGUGAGAGCAUUCGCGGACGGAAGGCCACCUUGGAGGAGCUACAGACAGUGCACUCGGAAGCACAUACCCUCCUCUACGGCACAAACCCCCUCAACAGGCAGAAACUGGACAGUAAGAAACUUCUAGGCUCGCUAACCUCGGUGUUUGUCAGGCUGCCUUGCGGUGGCGUUGGGGUGGACAGCGACACCAUAUGGAACGAGGUGCACUCUUCGGGGGCGGCCCGCCUGGCCGUGGGCUGUGUGGUGGAGCUGGUUUUCAAGGUGGCCACAGGGGAGCUGAAGAAUGGCUUUGCUGUGGUCCGCCCCCCAGGACACCAUGCUGAGGAGAGCACCCCCAUGGGCUUUUGCUACUUUAACUCUGUGGCAGUGGCAGCCAGACUUCUACAGCAGAGACUGCAUGUGAGCAAGAUCCUCAUUGUGGACUGGGAUGUGCACCACGGGAACGGGACGCAGCAGGCCUUCUACAGUGACCCCAACGUCCUGUACGUGUCACUGCACCGCUAUGACGACGGGAACUUCUUCCCAGGCAGCGGGGCCCCUGACGAGGUGGGCACAGGGCCAGGCGUGGGCUUCAACGUCAACAUGGCUUUCACCGGCGGCCUCAACCCCCCCAUGGGAGAUACCGAGUACCUGGCAGCCUUCAGAACUGUGGUCAUGCCGAUUGCCAGCGAGUUCGCCCCAGACGUAGUGCUGGUAUCUUCGGGCUUUGACGCCGUGGAGGGACACCCCACGCCACUUGGGGGCUACAACCUGUCUGCCAAAUGUUUUGGAUACCUGACGAAGCAGCUGAUGGCCCUGGCUGGCGGCCGAAUCGUCCUGGCCCUUGAGGGAGGCCACGACCUGACGGCCAUUUGUGAUGCCUCUGAAGCAUGUGUCUCUGCUUUGCUAGGAAAUGAGCUUGAUCCUCUCCCAGAAAAGGUCCUGCAGCAAAGACCCAACACUAAUGCCAUCCGGUCCAUGGAGAAAGUCAUAGAGAUCCACAGUAGGUAUUGGCGCUGCCUGCAGCGUGUGUCCUCCACCGUGGGGCUCUCUCUGAUCGAGACGCAGAAGAGUGAAAACGAGGAAGCUGAAACGGUCACCGCCAUGGCCUCGCUUUCCGUGGGCGUAAAGCCUGCCGAGAAGAGACCCGACGAGGAGCCCAUGGAGGAGGAGCCGCCACUGUAGCCCUCACGGAGCCUGUUCUCCUGUUUGUUCGUCUCUGUCUUGAAGCUCAGCCAAGAAACUUUCCCGUGUCGCGCUUGAGUCCCAUCACGGUGCUCUCCUAGAGCGCCAAAGAACACCAGGCGUGUAGCAGCGAUGGGAAGCCUUUCUGCCGCCCAGCCCCGCGGGUCUGGAGACACACAUGCACAGCCUGGGCGUGGCAGCCUCUCCCGGAAUCCGGGACAGGAACCCGGGACAGACGCCAGCGACGUGCAGACGCGCGGACGCAGAAGCCAAGCACACUCUGGCGGCCCCCACGGGGACGCUGUGGAAGAAGGAAGCCUGUGGGCAGCUAGUGGCAGCCUUGCCGAAUUAAGUUGCCACAAGGAAAAGAAAAUGGAAAUCAAAGAUCUAACAAUACAAAAAACUUGAUUAAAACUGGUGCUUUAAAGUUUGAUUAUUACUCACAAGGUCACAGUCUCCGUGUAAACCACUCAACUCAUCUUGUAGCUUAUUUUUUUUUAAAGAGAAAGUUUUCUAUGGCUCUGGCCCACCUCUGUGAGCCACAGUGGUAUGUGGCAGGGUCUGCAGCCAGGUGGGCAGAGUGACGAACCUUUAAAGAAUACAAAACUGGACAGAAACAGGAACGUGAGCCUGGGGGGAGUGGGCUUGAGUUUCUCGAAGCCAUCGGAAGAUGCGAGUUUGUGCCUUUUUUUUUAUUGCUCUAGUGGGCUUUGUGGCUGGGUUUUCUGAAGCCUGAGGAACAAUGCCUUAAGAAAACAUAAACAGCAGGAAUUGGAGGGCCAGUCUCCUGUGGCUGGUGGAGUCUGGUCUGGCGCUCGAGGGCAGGUGCCGGCUGCGGCUCCAGGCCGGGGCUGCGGCCCAGUGGUCCUUGUUCUGCUUUAUUGCUAUUUAAGAAAAAUGGAGGUAGUUCCAAAAAGUGGCAAAUACUGUUGGGGGUUUUGAAGUCCAACAAAUUUUGAAUGAAUCCAAAGUGUUCUUUUCUCACAUGUUAUGUAACAAUUGAUCAUCUCCAUUGGUUGUGAAGCAUGUCGUAGGCACCCUUGCAGUGUUACAGUCGGAAUGCUUUUUAUUAAAAGCAAGUAGCAUGAAGCAUUGCUUAAAUUUUAGGUAUGAAUAAAUAUAUAUAUAUAUGUAUAAUAUAUAUUCCAAUGUAUUCCAAGCUAAGAAACUUGAUUCUUACGAAAUCUUGAUGAAGAUAUUUAUAAUGCAUUUAUAGAAAAAGUAUAUAUAUAUAUACAUAUAUAUAUAUAAAAUAAAUGCAGAUGGUGAAGGUCCCUGUGAAUGAAUGGCUUGUGAAUCAGCUCUAAAGGUGCUUGUGGAAGGGAUCUUGAUUAAAUUGGUGUAUUUUUGAGCUCCGAGCUGGCUGGCUUUCAGAUCACCAACACAUUCGCCACUGGGCAACUACCCUACCAGUUUGUACUUUAAUUUUAAUUAUUUUCUAACAGAGCCCCUUUCCUCUCCAAACCUUCAUGCACAUAUGUAUCUAAUGAAUUUUUAUAGCAAAGAAUAUAAAUUUGCUGUUGAUUUUUUGUAUGAAUUUUUCACAAAAAAGAUCUGAAUAAGCAUUGUUUUGUGAAUUUUGCAUUAUUUCUCACCAUUUAGCAAUUUUCUGAAUGGUAUUAUUUCUAAAUCUUUUUCCUUUUAAAAUUCUUUCUUGUACAUUUUUUUUAACUUUCAAAGUUUUUUAUUAUUUUUUGGUUUUGUUUAUUUUUGUACAGUGAGCGGUUUUCUGCAGUGUACAGGAAUUGUCGCCGUCAGAGUUUAUUUUCAGAAAGUAUGAAGAAGGACCUUGGGUCUUUUCAGGGCGACACCAAGGAUUCUGUCUUUCCUAGUCUGCCCUAGGAGCUGUAUGAAGAAGCCAGAGGGCUUUUCUUAAAUUCAACACUAGUAUUACAAGGGGAAUGUGUUCUCCCCUCUGUGGCAAGUGCAGGGACAGCAACGCACAGUGUGGGCCACCCUGCUGGGCUCUGUGGCCAGUCAACAUUAAUGAAACUCACAUUUAAGCUUCUCUGGCCACAUCUUCAGGAUAGAAAUUCUAACUUGAGUUUUCCAAAGACCUUUUAAGCAUGUCGGCAAUGCAUGGGGCACGCAUGGGGCUUUUCACCUAGUGAGGUUUUUCUGCUGCCGCCACAUGGCUGGAGUUCAGGCUGGAAGCAGCCAGCCCUGGAUUUUGGAGCCUGUGGCUGCAGAGAACCCAGGGCUCUGCUGUCUGGAGAGCCUGCAGGGACAGCACAGACCUGCCCCAGGACAGCCAGUCUUCACUCUUUGUCUUUUUGACAGUAACUGACAGUCACUUUUUACUGGUAAAUUUUCAGCACUUGACUCCACCAGUUUCAUUCCAAAGUGUAUCAAGUUCAGACUUGUGAGUAGAAGUUCAGAUCACCGUGCUCAGAAGGGUCCCCAACCAAGUUCCUGACUUUGGUAAAGUUUACAGGGCAGCUUCUGGAAGAGACACUAACUCAGUCAGAUUUCUGACCAAAUGAACAGAAACCCUUGGAUUCAGUUGGUGGCUGCCUGCUGUGGUCCUCUCUGAGACAGCAGUGUGAGAGCGGGGCAGAAAGGUCUUGAGACCUGUUUCACUUUCUCCUCCCUACUGGCCACUCUUUGUUCCAGAGCCUAAGCUGGCACGAGGAGCCGAUUUGGGCCGUUCCCCGUUUGUGACACAUGGCAGUGGCGGUGCAGCUAGCCAGGGCUUGGCAUGGCCCUCUGAGGAGCCACCACCUGCGUGCUCCCAGCCGAGGUUCAUGGCAGGAAUGCCUCAUCUCACUUUUGAGCAGAUGAUGGGAUUACAUGCCCCACUCAGUGGUCAGGUUAUCACUGGAGGGAUUCACCUCCAGUCUCAUUCAGAUGGAGACACCCUUUGCACAGAGGCCUAGCAGGCAGAAGCUCCCUUCCCUUGUCCGCUCGCUCCAGCUUCACAGACAUGCUGAAAGCAUUAGCAUGUAGCCUUUUCUUUGAAGACACACUUGGCCCUUCUCCAUGGCCAGCACCCUGGGCCGGUGGUGGAGGGCCUGUCUGCCGUGGCAUCAGUGGGCAGGUCCACACCGAGGGUUCCUUCACAGGCCUUCCUUUUGGUCCUUGGACCUUUAGCCUUUUUCUUCCUUUGCAAAGGCCUUGGGGACACUGGCCCGGGGAGUUGGCCAGCGAGCACUUUAUAUCCCUCUGGGGGAAGCCCCCUGACACCCCAGGGCUCCUGGCCUCACUGCCCUCACUGCCUCCUGCUGUACCACGUGCCCAGACCCCACCAGCAGGCGGCCAUCCUGGGAAGCCGCCCGCAGGGACUGGCCGCCCUCCCGGCGUCCAUGGCUCCUCUCCAGGGCCACUUUGUCAAAGUGUUUCAGUUUUUCUUUAAUUCUUUUAGAACUGUUUCUAAAAGGAAGAGCCGUUUUGUCAUGGUCUGACACAGAAGCAGGUCUGAUUUUUGCAGCACUAGCCGCGGACUUUGUUUUCAUUUUGAUCAGAACAUUCCUCCUUUACUGGCCACAGCCAUGUGCUCAUUCCAUUCUUUUUGUAGACUUUGGGCCCACGGGUUUUAUGGGCGUUGAUACAUAUAUAAAUAUAUAGAUAUAAAUAUAUGAAUAUAUUUUUUUAAGUUUCCUACACCUGGAGGCUGCAUGGACUGUACGACUGGCAUGUCUUUAUAUCGUAUACAGAUUUUGCACGCCAAACUCGGCAGCUUUGGGGAAGAAGAAAAAUGCCUUUUUGUUCCCCUCUCAUGACACUUGCAGAUACAACAGAUGGAAAUUUUUCUGUAAAACAAAACCUUGAAGGAGAGGAGGGGGGGAAGUUUGUGUCUCACUGAACUUAUUCUUAAGAAAUUGUACUUUUUAUUGUAAGAAUAAAAAGGACUACUUAAACAUUUGUCAUAUUAAGAAAAAGUUUAUCUAGCACUUGUGACACACCAAUAGUAGAGUUUAUUGUAUUUAUGUGGAAACAGUGUUUUAGGGAAACUACGCAGAACUCAGAGUGAGCUGCUCGUCUCUCUCAAGUUGAUUUGGAGGAAUUUUGUUUUGUUUUGUUUUGUUUGUUUCCUUUUAUCGCCUUCCACAGGCCAGGUGAGCGCCACCGGACCUCACAGCCUCGUGAUGGUUGAUUCUGAUUGGAAACCAGGUGGGCUCCAGAGAGUCCCCUUUUUCACACAGCUGUGUUAGCUCUUUAAUUAAUUUUAGGUGAUGUGUGGCUAAGAUUUCACUUUCAGCAGCGGUGACCUGUACGAGCACUGUGGUUUAAAGUCACACUUUGCAUCGAGAGGAAACCAUUUCUUCAUUGUAACGAAGCUGGGCUUGUUCUCGGCUCAGCCUCACCUUGUCUUUGACAUUGAUUAAAAGUCUCCUAUUGAAAGAAAAAGAAAGC